AUGAACCUGGAUGAGCUGAAGCGCGCUGCGCAGGAGCGUGCGGCGGCGCAGCGCGAGGAGCUUGCGCGCAAGAUGAAAGAGCGCGCUGACGAGCGCAGUGCUGCCGAGGCCGAGGCGCAGCGGCGGCAAAAAGAGCGGGCCGAGUGGCUCGCGCGCGAGCGUGCCAAGACGCAGGACAAGGCGGCCCAGGUGCGGAAGGAUGCCGAGGCGCAGCGCCACGCCAAGCGUGCGGCCGCGGCGGCCGCGGCGCAAAAAGCGGCGGUUGACAAGGCAAAAGGGCGCGAGCAGCGGCCACGUACGCCGGCCUUUGAGAAAGCCAAGGCCGACGCGGCGCUCAAGCGCGCGCAGCUCGCGCGCCCUUCCGGCGAUGCGGCGCUCACGCGCGAAGAAAAGCGGCAAAAGCGUCUCGCAAAAGAGCUCGGUGUGCCGUUCAAGCGGCAGAGCACUCCCAAGGCCGCGCCGAGCGCGUCUCGGGCGCCGAGCGCCGGCCCCAGCGAGCCGCCGCGCCGCAAGACGGCGCGUGAGGCGUUCCUCGAGCAAGAGGCGCGGCGCAAGCGCGCUGCGCCGAGCGACGACGAGUACGACACGGCGUCGGACGAGGAGAGCGACCAAGAUACCUAUUCCGCGAUGCGGGACGAGAUAUGGACCCUCUUUGGCAAAAAGCGGCAGCAGUACCUGUCGCGUGAUGUGGACAGCGACGACGAUAUGGAAGCUGGCGCAUCGGACGUGCUCAACGAGGAACAGCGCAGCGCGCUGUACGCGCGCCGUGAGGACGAACGCGAAGAGCAGGCGCUGCUCGAGGCAAAGCGCCGCAAGUUGCAGAAGCAGCCUUAG